UCGCCGCCGCUGCUGCUGCUGCUGCUGCUGCUAUUGCUGCCCCUGGCUCCCGGACCCCCCGCCGCCGACCCCUACAAGCCGGUCAUUGUGGUGCACGGCCUCUUCGACAGCUCCUCCACCUUCCGCCACUUGCUGGACUUUAUCAACCAGACUCACCCCGGGACCCCGGUGACGGUGCUGGAUCUCUUCGACGGCAGCGAGAGCCUGCGGCCGCUGUGGGAGCAAGUCCAGGGCUUCCGGGCGGCCGUGGCCCCCAUCAUGGAGCAGGCCCCCUGCGGCGUCCACCUCAUCUGUUACUCCCAGGGGGGCCUGGUGUGCCGAGCCCUUCUCUCCGUCAUGGACGACCACAACGUCGAUACCUUCAUCUCCCUCUCCUCCCCGCAGAUGGGCCAGUACGGGGACACGGAUUACCUCAAGUGGCUGUUUCCCACAUCCAUGAGGUCGAACUUGUAUCGCAUCUGCUACAGCCCCUGGGGGCAGGAGUUCUCCAUCUGCAACUACUGGCACGAUCCUCACCACUCUGACCUGUACCUCAACGCCAGCAGCUUUCUGGCCCUGAUCAACGGGGAGAGAGACCACCCCAAUGCCACCGUGUGGCGGAAGAAUUUUCUGCGCGUGAAGCGGCUGGUGCUGAUUGGGGGACCUGACGAUGGCGUCAUCACACCCUGGCAGUCCAGCUUCUUCGGCUUCUACGACGCGAACGAGACCGUUCUGGACAUGGAGGAUCAGCUGGUGUACCUCCGGGAUUCCUUCGGCCUGAAGACCCUGGCGGCCCGGGGAGCCAUCAUCCCCUGCCCGGCCACGGGCAUCCCUCACACGGCCUGGCAUUCCAACCGCACUCUAUACGACACCUGCAUCGCCCCCUGGCUCUCCUGAGACUCCGCCCCCCCCAUCUAUUCCCUUCGGCCUCCUCCUACCAGCCGGUGGGGGCCUCUCUGAGUCCUGGCUCUUUCGGAGCUCCCCUCUCCUCCCCCCAAUCCGGGGGGCCCCCAAACCAGGGCUCCUCCCCAGUCACCUCAUCCUCGGACCCGACUCUCAAGUGUCUGACAUUUCCCCUCCUUCCCCUUUCAGGGCUCCCCAGUUCUGCGAAUGUAGCUAACACCCCCCCCACCCCUAACCCCACAACUAUCCCCAGAACCCCAUUUCUGCCCCUCGCCCUCUGGGCCGUGCCCUCCCUCUGCCCCCCCCCCCCCCCCCCCCCCCCCCCGAGAUCGGAAUUUUAUCACUCUGGCAGCUGCUGCCGGCCCCUACCCUGAGGGGUUGGGGGGCCCGACGGCGAGGAGGGAGGGAAGGGCCCGACCCCCAUCAGGAUGACUCAGGAUGUUUUUAUCUCCCGUUCCCCAAGUACGUGAGUCCCCAAGUCCUGCCCUUCCCCGUCACCCCACACCCCAGAACCCAGCUCCCCCAGUCCGGAGUUUGGAAGAUUUUGGGGGGGGCCCGGGUGGGAGCCUGCUGUGAGGGGUGUCAGUGUUGGGCCCCGCUCAGGCCCCCGUUAUGAGCGAGAAGUCCGUUAGUCGUGCCCGAGGCCGGCGUGGCCCAUCUCAGGUUUGAGCUGUCCCCCAUCUCCACCCCCGUCCCCCCCACUUUCACCACCAUCAGUGUUGGGGUCUCACCCCUUCCCAGCUCACCUUGGACCCUCCACCCAUACAAGGGGAUGGGGGUGAGGGCAGGGGAGAGUGCCUGGUCCCUCUGGGCCCAAUCGCAGUUCCUGUAUAAGAACGAUGGUAUUUAUUAAGCACUUCCUACGUGCCAAGCACUGUGCUAAGCAUUGGAGUCAUUUCAAGAUAAUCAGGUGGGAUGCAGUUCCUCUCCCGUUUGGGGCUCGUAGCCUAAAAGGGAGGGAGAGAGCUGUAAUUUUAUCCCCACUGUACAGAGGAGGAGACUGAGGCCCAAGCGACUUGGCCCAGGUGACCCAGCAGGGCAGUGGCAGAGCUGGGCUACGGACCGACGUCUCCUGACUCCCGGUCCCGGGCUCUUUCCACUAGGCCACACUGUGUUUAUGGAAAUAAAGUUGGUUCCCGUUUACUCUG